AUGAACAAAUUUCAAUAUAAAUUUAAGGGUGUUCCUUCAUCUGCAUUACGUGAGAUUUGUCUUUUACGUGAACUAAGACAUGGAAAUGUUGUCAGAUUAAAUGAUGUUAUACAUACCGACAAAACGUUGAAUUUAAUUAUUCAAUCAUUAAUGCAACAACUUUUGGCUGGAUUAAGUUAUUGCCAUGCACAUAAUGUUUUACACAGGGAUUUAAAGCCACAAAAUUUGUUAAUUAGCAACAACAUUAAAGACUCCCCUCCCCAAUUAAAAUUGGCAGAUUUUGGAUUAGCAAGGCCUUUUGGAAUUCCUGUUCGCUGCUAUAGUGCUGAAGUUGUAACACUUUGGUAUAGACCUCCAGACGUUCUUUUUGGAGCAAAACUUUACAAUACUUCCAUAGACAUUUGGUCUGCUGGAUGUAUUUUUGCUGAAAUUGCCAAUUGUGGUAAACCGCUUUUCCCUGGUGCCGAUGUUGAUGAUCAAUUGAAGAGAAUAUUUAAAUUAUUGGGUACACCUAAUGAAAUAGAAUGGCCAACGAUGACACAUUUACCUGAAUAUAAGCCCUAUCCACCAUAUCAUAGAGCUACAAAUUGUUGGGAAAAAGCUAUGUCUAUUCCGAAUGAUUUAGCUAGGGAUUUAUUAAAGCGUCUUCUUGUUUGCAAUCCACAGCAAAGAAUUAAUGCAGAUGUUGCUUUGACACAUAAAUACUUUUCUAUAUCUUCAACAAAUACGAAUUCAAUUAAGAAAGUUUAA